AUGGAUCAAAACUACACCAUCACAGGAGGACAUCAAAAUGUCUGUGCAUGUGCUGUGGCGUAUUUGGAAGAUGAGGAAUCAGAAGGUAUGGAGACAUCAGUUCAUGGAUCCACAGUUCAGUUGGAUUUUGGUUCAAGAAGAUUACAAGCUGCACGAGCAUCUCUUUGGAGUGCAACUUGUAAAGCUAGUGCAGCCGGGAAAAUUACGACGCACCAAGGGGUAGUUUUACAGUUGAAGGCUAUACGGGUCCAUGCUCUAACUCCAUUGCAAACAGAGAUGAUGGCUUCCCCUACAUGUUCUACAAGAAGCCCUGGAGAUGGGAUUGCAAAAGGUGAAGGUGUUUACAGAUUGUAG